AACAGACUGGCGCUGCCAGGCUCAAUAUUUUUUCGACAGCUGCGACUCAUUUGCGGCAGUGUGUAGGUUACAAAAAGAUUCGUGUUUCUGGGGACAAACAGAGGGAGACGGUCCAUGGGGGAAAUGUAACGACACCAGACAUGAGAGAGAAGAGGACCGAAUUUGAGGAGAAGGACCGUUUUGGGAUGAAUGAUGGAAGGACUGGGAAAAGAGGGAUCCAUAUGCAGCUCUAGACCCUACCCAUGGCUUGGCCCGAGCAAAACAGAAGCCUCAACUUUGCUGUGGAAACUCAAAGACUGCUUUUCCUAUAAUGUAACACCAUCUACCAACACUGAUAAAGAAAGAAGUUACAUGGAGAGCAGAAAGCCUGUGCUGGAUCUAAAAGAUGUCCCUCCUCCUCCUCCUCCUCUGCAUCACAAUACCUCUCCCCAGCCUCCCCAGCGCUUCUCUCUCGCCCCUCUCCCCAUUCCUCCACCUUGCUUGCCUCCGCCUCCUUCGAUUCCUCAGCAGCCAGCCCCACCACCACUGUCCCAGCAGCAACAGGGAUCUAGCCCCAAUGUAAGCACUUGCUCCUAUUGUGAAUAUUGUGGCACAGGGCGCUAUAACACUGUAGGUGGUGGAGCUGGUGUUGGCAAUAGCAGUAGCAUCGAGGGUCCCCUCUCCUUUUACAUGGCUUCAAGCUCUUUGGGAGUACACAGCCCUAACAGUAAAGUUUACAGCUCUGGGCCUUGUUCUAUGCCAUCAUCUGUUCAAUAUAAACUAAAUUUAAGCAGUGGAAACCAUGAUGAAUCUUUAGCUACGUGGAGCAGUCAUAGUUACACAUCCCAGUUACCUUCUUCUGUUGCUACCUCACAACCUGUAUCAUUACAUCCAUAUGCACCUGGCUGUUCAGAACUGCUCCACUCCUACCCAUCGCUACCUCUGUCCUGCAGCCAGACCAACCAGUUUCCCUCUUCAACUCCUCCAGUCUCCUCUCUUCCCGCUACUUAUACACCUUUGCAUGGCUCCUGCUUGGCUUCUUCUGGCUACUACCCCUGUGGUGUAGACUGCAGCCCUUUGACCAGGAGAGCCCAAAGAAGCACAAAACUGGGUGAACAUACCACCACCACUAUAUCCACUACCACCACCUCAUCACACUUUUGCUCUAUACCUAUGCACCUAAAUGUAGAACGCACGGUUGGUGUGAAGGGGGCACAGCACUGCCAAGAGUGCUUGCUGAAGACUGCAACACAUGUAGUGCCUGAAUCAGACAAAGGGUGGCCCAGUGUUCCUCUUCCCCAGACCACUCCCAUCCCUAUUUGUAAUGGUUGUAGUACAUCUGCAGAAACGGGACAGAAAUAUGGUUCUCCUGAAAUUGGUGGUCCUGAAAAUAUCCCUCCUGUUGGGGUAUUCUGGGAUAUUGAAAACUGUAGCGUUCCCACUGGGCGCUCUGCAGCUGCUGUGGUGGAACGAAUACGCAGCCGCUUUUUCCAGGGUCACCGUGAGGCAGAGUUCAUCUGUGUGUGUGAUAUCAGUAAAGAGAGUAAAUCUGUCAUCCAAGAGCUCAAUAACUGCCAGGUCACAGUUGCCCAUAUUAAUGCCACAGCCAAAAAUGCUGCUGAUGACAAGCUUCGUCAAAGUCUGCGACGCUUUGCUGAGACCCACACUGCACCUGCUACAGUUGUAUUGGUAUCCUCUGAUGUGAACUUUGCCAGUGAGCUGAGUGAUCUGCGCCAUCGCCAUGGUUUCCAGGUGAUCCUUGUCCAUAAUCAUGCCUCGCCCGCUCUUCUGCAGCACGCCAACUGCCACGUGGCCUUUCAGGAGCUCAGUGCCGAUUUACCACCUCGAAUGGUCAACGAAAAGCCCACUUUCAGCCUCCUCUAUGUGCACAACCUUCCCAUCGCCCGUGACAAGAGUCAACUCAAUGCUGUGAAACUGCGGCUCCGCCGGUUAUCUGCUAACUGUGGUGGCAAAGUGCUGGGUGUGUCUCACGGUACAGCAGUCCUGCGUUUUGGCAGUCCUGCCGCUGCCGCACGUGCAUCUAAACGAAUGGAGAAUGAAGAUGUCUUUGGCCGUCGCAUCAGCGCGUCCUUCUCACCUUGGCCUGGUCAGCCCAGACCUGAUCACAAUUUUCAGGCUUACUUCCAUCAAGUUCUUCAGGCUCUGCCUCAGCCCUUCCCAGUCCACAACCCAUUGUUUGCCCCACACUUUUCCUCCUCACCUUUUCUAUCCCUGGAAAAAACCAGAUCACCCAGGAGGCCACGCAUCCGAGCCGCCCGCCCGGUGCCUGAACAGCCCUGCAGCCCCAGGAGAGGGUGCAGUGGGCCUCCCCAUGGUGCACCAUUCACAGCUCUUCAGGAGGUGAGCUGUGUAGAUGGUAAGCCUGUCUUUCCAGACAAAGGCCCACGUGCCACGUCUUCCUCACCUCGUCGCAAUGAGGCAGGAGCGCUAAGUCAAGUCCCCAAGCCUGCCCUCGCUGGAGAGUCUAUGUACAGAAGGAGAAGAGAUGGUUCAAGCCCUCGAAGCACAAAUGAGUUCCCCAUUGAAAGGGAGAGGACCAUGGGGGAGUUUCAGAUCAGCACACCCUCAGCUUUCAGCAAACUGAAUCUGCAGCGGAGCUUCAGUCCCCUUGUGCUUUCACAGGGAUCAUGGUCUUCAAGGAGUGCGUCUCCCUGCUUCUCAAGCCGCUCUUCACCCUUGCUUGCGCCUCCUCGUAGUCCGUGUUCUGAAACUUCUCCGGAACCUUUCUCUGAUGGAGCUGAGGUCCAAGCAGCCAAUCUGGAUUAUAGGAUGUCUCGUAAGGAUCUCCAGCAGACUCUUCAUGACACAUUCUCUAGAUAUGGACAGGUCAAAUCGGUGGAACUGAGCCCUCACACAGAUUAUCAGCUAAAAGCCACAGUACAAAUGGUAUCUUUACAGGAUGCCAUCAGUGCAAUUAGUGGUCUGCACCGCUAUAAAAUUGGAGGCAAACGUAUUCAAGUGUCUUUGGUCACUGGAGGUGGCAACAAGUCUCUGGCCAUGCUCAGCAGUGAGAUUAUAAGUAUUCUCCAGGAUGCACCUGCCAAUUGCCUUCCACUUUUCAAAUUCACUGAAAUCUAUGAGAAAAAGUACACGAAAAAGCUCAUAAUUGGAGAUCUGUAUAGACUGCCUGAAGUGGUUUCUGUACGUGAACAGGGAGGGUCGCGGCUUGUUUGCCUUUUAAACAGCAGCCAGAUGCGUCAGAGCCCACUGGGGUCCUCUCAGUCUCAGGAAGGAUCGUCCUCAGCGAGUGGCAGUCCCGUUGUGUUUGAAGAGCUGGAGUAUCAUGAGCCAGUCUGCAGACAGCACUUUGCACAACAAGACUUCAGUGAAGCUGAUUUUGAUCCUGAUGCCUACAAAAUCCCAUUUGUGGUGUUAUCUGUGAGCACUUUAACCUCUGAUGUCCACACUUUGUUGCAUUCUCAUGAGGGCACCCUUCCACUGCUUAGUUUUCCAGAUUGCUAUGCUGCUAAAUUUGGCCACCUGCAGUUGGGAAAUGAGACACUAGAGGGGGGUGUUUCUUUGGAGCAUCUCAUAACCUGUGUUCCCAGUAUCACAAUAGUCACAGCUCAGAAUGGCUUCAAAAUCAUCAAGUGGAUUCAUAAUAAACCACCGGUGCCCAACAGUGAGCCAUGGAUACAGCGCUGCAAGAGUCCAGUGGGUAACCCUCAGCUCAUUCAGUUCAGUCGUGAGAUAACUGACCUUUUAAAGAGCCAGGCGUCCUGCAUUAUGCCCAUCAGCAAGUUCAUCCCCUCAUACCACCAUCACUUCGCCAAACAGUGUCGCGUCUCAGACUAUGGUUACUCCAAACUGUUGGAGCUGCUUGAGGCAGUACCACAUGUGCUUCAGAUUUUGGGCAUGGGAACAAAGAGGCUGCUCACUUUAACACAUCGCGCUCAAGUGAAACGCUUCACCCAGGAUCUACUCAAACUGCUCAAAUUUCAAGCCAGCAAACAAGUGGCAAUCAAGGACUUCAUGCAGGCAUACCACUGGUGCUUCUCCAGAGACUGGCGGGUCAUUGAUUAUGGUGUAUGUGAUUUGAUGGACCUCCUAAAUGAAAUUCCUGACACAACCAUCACGAUUACACACCAGGACCCAGACACUGUCAUCUCUGUUCCCAAAAGAGAGCGUACUUCUGAAGAAAUAGACCGCACCAAGCAGUUUGGGAAGGAGGUGGUAGAUCUGCUCCGUCACCAGCCUCACUGCAGGAUGCUCUUCAGUAAAUUCAUUCCCACAUACCACCAUCAUUUUGGACGUCAGUGCAAGCUCAGCUACUACGGCUUUGCAAAACUCGUGGAGCUCUUCGAGGCAAUUCCUGACAUACUCAUGGUGCUAGAGUGUGGGGAGGAGAAAGUGCUCACACUGACAGAAGUAGAGCGGAUCAAGGCUCUGGCUGCACAGCUUGUCAAACUGCUCAGAGUCCAAAAGAACUCCAGUCUCCCUGUGAACCAACUGCUGACAGAAUACAGCAAAACCUUUGGUUAUGGGCUCCGUCUGCAGGACUAUGAUACCAGCUCCCUUCCUGCUCUGCUUGCAAAGCUCUGCCAUGUUGUCAAGGUGGUGGAUGGGCGUGAGGGGCGUGAGGUGCAGCUGAUCAACAGGAAGUCCCUGCGUUCACUCACCUCUCAGAUCCUGGCUCUGCUCAUGUCCCAGGAAGAGGAGCAGGUGUCCAGGGGUCUGAAGGUGGAUGAAGUUAGCAAUCUGUACAUGAGUGUGUAUGCAGCGUCUCUCAACCCAUGUGAAUACGGGUUCCUCUCACUUAGUGAGCUCCUUAAGAGCCUGCCUUAUCUCGUGGAGUUGUAUAAUGAAGAAUGUGAGGACAGCAGCUUGACUCAAGAGAGAGUGAGACUCACCAGGCUUUAUCAGUUUGCACGUGAUGUUCGAGCUCUGCUCCAAACUUACCAUUACAACCAGAUCUUCCUGACUGAGUUUCCUGGGGCUUAUCACAAAUUUACAGGCUGCAGCCUUGAGCCACGGUCAUUUGGAUACAAUAACAUUGAUGAGCUGCUCAGUGCCAUCCCACAGGUGGUCUGGAUCAAAGGACACAGUCACAAGAGGAUUAUAGUUUUAAAAAACGAUAUGAAGGCAAGAGUAAGUACAUCAGUCCCCAGCAGCCCACAGCCCAGUGACAACACAGAAAGUCCAAGGGAGAGUCCUGUCAGCAGUGUGAUUUCAGACUCUCACAGUUCAGGUGGUGCUGAGCUGUUGUCUUCGAUCUCCCCACUGGAUCUCCUGUGCGGACCUGUACCGUCCUGCCUCCCCUCCCCUCAGCUACACCCUGACCCUGUUCUUCAGUUGGACUUGAUUCAUUUUGAGGAAAAGCCACCCACAACUGAGAGUUCUGAAGCAGCAGCUGAAGGGACAUCUGAUCCACCUGAGCCAGGGGACACACGGGACACACGGGACACAGAGGACACAGUCCCACCACAGCAGCCUCUCUCAAAGGGAGCCAGCAGCCCCCGGAGAGUGUCCCGCAGCAGGUUCAAGCUUGCAGCCAAUUUCACCUUCACCACAGGGCUCUGAGUCCUCCUGGCAGAUCUACACUCAUUAAAACUGCCAACAUAGGUAUAACACUGAUAGAUGAGUUGGCUAUAUUAAAUACCAUAAACAAGUGCCCUAAGAAUAUUGGAAAUGUGCUCUGUUUACCCUCCAUUCUUAUUUGGUUCCUCUUUGACUCAGAGUCCCUUGAUUUUCACUCUAUAUGCAUUUUCUUUUUGCAGAUUUUCUGCAAGUGUUCAAUUUGCCGCAGCCUUUUAAUGAUGUUUUAAUGCAAAAUGUGUCAAAACACAUGUUAAAGAACAAAAAAAAUCUAAAAAAAAAAAAAUAAGUUAGUUGUCACUGCAAUGAUCAGUGUAUUAGUUGGUCUUUUAGAGCAAAGAAUGGUUUCCAACAUUAUCAGUUUAAAAUGAUAAAGACAUUUUCUAGUUAAAUAUGUUUAACAUAUUAUAUAUGACAAAACUAAGUUGAAUCAAUCUGUUCUGUUUAUCAUUUCCUUUGAGAGGUGAGCAUAGAUUUGUCAGUGAAACUUUUCAAGUGGUGCCUUUUCCCUGGUCCCAGUCUUUUGGGGGGCUAACAUUUUGUGAUUGUGUUGAGGUUUACUUUUCUCUUACAUUCUGGUCUUUUGUCUCUUUCAAAAGACUCAAGACAUUUUUUCUAUUACUGGAGUAAGAAUAUUUUAUGGAAGACUUUUGCCUCAAUACUUGGUGUAUCUCCAGGAGCAAACCGAUGGUGCCAAAUACUCAUGACUUCUGUUUUAUUACUGGUACAAAAGCUCAUGAGUUUUAAGUGAUUGGAAGCAUUUUAACACUAGUGCUGUGAACAUUUAGAUCUUGACCCAAAGGUGUCUCAAUUGCUACGUGUGUCUGCUCAUGUUACUGAGGUCUGUUUUUCGUCUUCAGUUGCAGCCAACAGAAACUUGUUUUAAAUGCAGUUUGGGGCUGACACUGGACUAUGGUGGUGUGAAAUAUGCUGAGUGCAUAACAGUGCUUAUGCAUCGUGUUAGUCCACAGACUUGAUGUUUUUUGGCCCAGGAGAUGGCGCUCUUAUGGCUGUUUUUGUCAGUUCAAGGUUUGAGUGAACCUUGUCACUGGGAGACGCAUCUUUUUAGAUGGCAUGUCGAUGGCAGCAGAGGACACUCCUGGUCCAGUUUUAUUUAAUAAAAAGGUGAAUGGGUUUUUGGAGGAGUACAGUGGGGGAGGUAGGCUGGCUGUAGGGGUAGGUGUCUAUGAAUAUGACUAUUGUGCCCACAGUGUACCCACUGUGGUGCGCUGGGAUCUGCCUGGCUUUUACAAUGGCUUGUAUUUGCCAUGGUGCUAAAAGAGAUGCCAUGUACCUCUCUGUCUCUCACUUUAAGAUUUUACCUAAGCAUUAGUUUCUGUUGGUCAUAAUGUAACCCUGUUGGCUGUUGAGAUUGAGCAGGACCCUGAUACCACCAAAGUUGGCACAAGUUUGAUUUUUAGAUGAAAACUGCACAAAGUCCAUUGAGCCGGAUUCUGUAUAGACUUUUGUUCCCUGAGUUUCCUUUUGUAAGACCUGGUUGUACUUGGGUGUUUCAGUGAUGGCCAGAAGGGUAAUAUUUUUAAAAUGGUCUGCUUUGGUGUACUUCACCUGCACUGCUUUACUGAUAGUCUGGAAACCUCUUUUAUUAAAUUAACUUGGAGCUAGGUCUUGUGUAGAUUGAGAAGUAAUGAUUGAUAAUAAAAAUACUAAAAUUACUCAUUUAGUGAAUCAAGUUUGAAAGAAACAGUGACAACUAACUUAAUUAGAUUUUUCCUCUGGGUAAAUCGGGGAGAAACUACUGCUUUGGUUAAAUAUGCACUCUGCAUAUUCUAUAAAAUGUGUUAUUUUAGAUGGUUAAAAGUCUCAACCUGCUCUGCCAUAAGUUUGAUCACAUUGUUUACUAUUUUAAACAUUUGACAAGCCUGCACACUCUGUUGUUUAAUGGUUUAGUGCUACAAAUGUGGAUUUACUUAGUCAUCUGUCCCAGACAUUUACAGUCUGCCUUUUUGUUUAAGUAUUACUGAUGUGCAAACGUUCCCAACCAUCCCAAACAGUUGCUGUAACAGUUGAACAUUGUUAAAGGGGACCAAGAGGAGUAAUUUCAAUAAACAUCACAAGCAUUAA